CGUCCCCGUGGUGCCGGGCCCCGCCGAGUGGCAGGCGGACAGCCCUCGCCCUCAUCCCCCGACGCGGAGAAGCGGACAGCGGGAGGAGAGCAUCGCUCCGCGCGCCGCGGCUGGAGGUCUCCGGGGAUGGACCGCGCUUCGCCCCCCGCCUCCGCCUGCCCGCCGAGAGGAGGGCGGUGACCGAGCGGCGAGGAGGAGAAGCACCCGCCCGCGCCGCGGGCUCGGCGCGACCCUUCAGCCGCCCGGUUAAAUGUCACGGCUCUCCCCGGCUGCUCCCCGCCGCCGCCGCCCCGCGUGUCGCUCACCUCGGGAGGGAGCAGAAGAGGGGGCGGCAGAACCCGCCCCGGCUGCGGCGCGCCGAGAGGGAGCGCCCUGCUCCGCCGCCAGUAAGCGAGCAGCAGAGCUGGAAACCGUGGCAGUAAAUUAUUUGUCUUUCUUGCUUGUAUCCAUGGAUCCUGGAUUUUGCAAGCUGUGUUAGUUGCUUUAAUGCAAGUACCUGUUCCGUCAGAUGACCUUGCUUCACUAGUGGUCUGCAGCAAGCGACAGUGUAAAAGCUGUUGAUAUGAAAAUAAUAGUCUGGAGCAAAGAAGUGGUGGAAGAUUCCCACCAAAAGAGUGAGCAAUGAGCCGUUUCAGCUUGGUGCAGUGAUCAACUCCAGGACAUUAACACAUUAAGUCUUAAGGUUCGUUUCAAGCAUUUUGAAUGUGGUGUCGUGAGAGAUGCUGUUGUCCAUGACAGGUUGGGAUUAUCAUGAUCAAGUACUCUAUUUUGACCACCCAGUUACUAAAAACUUUUCAUGGUAGAGAGUAAAGGCUGGACUUUUAAAAGCAGUAAACAGGCCCGUGACGGAGGGUUAGACCAGACUGGUGGAGUCAUGCUUCACACAGCUGUAUCUUGCUGGCAGCCAUUCCUAGGUCUGGCUGUGCUGCUAGUCUUCAUGGGCCCCACCUUUGGCUGCCCAGCCCGCUGCGAAUGCUCAGCGCAGAACAAGUCCGUCAGCUGCCACCGGAGGCGCCUGCUGUCCAUCCCAGAGGGCAUUCCUAUUGAAACCAAAAUCUUGGACCUCAGCAAGAACCGACUGAAGAGUGUCAACCCUGAGGAAUUCAUGUCGUACCCCUUGCUAGAGGAGAUUGACCUCAGUGACAAUAUAAUCGCCAAUGUGGAGCCUGGAGCCUUUAACAAUCUCUUCAACUUGCGCUCCCUGAGGCUGAAAGGAAACCGUCUGAAGCUGGUCCCCCUUGGGGUGUUCACUGGGUUGUCAAACUUAACAAAGCUUGAUAUAAGUGAAAACAAGAUUGUCAUUUUGCUGGACUACAUGUUCCAAGAUUUGCAUAACCUAAAAUCCCUGGAGGUUGGGGACAAUGAUUUGGUUUAUAUAUCACACAGGGCCUUUAGUGGACUUCUUAGCCUGGAGCAGCUCACCCUGGAGAGAUGCAACCUCACAGCUGUACCAACAGAAGCUCUUUCCCACCUCCACAACCUCAUCAGUCUUCAUUUGAAACAGCUCAACAUCAACGCUUUGCCUGCCUAUGCCUUUAAAAGAUUGUUUCGCCUGAAAGACCUGGAGAUAGACUCCUGGCCACUCCUGGACAUGCUGCCUGCUAACAGCCUGUACGGUCUCAACCUGACUUCUCUCUCCAUCACCAAUACCAACCUGUCCGCAGUACCUUACACUGCUUUUAAACAUCUGGUUUACCUGACACAUCUAAACUUGUCCUACAACCCUAUCAGCACCAUUGAGGCAGGCAUGCUUUCGGAUUUGGUACGCCUGCAGGAACUCCACAUGGUGGGGGCCCAGUUACGUACCAUCGAACCACAUGCUUUCCAAGGGCUCCGAUUCUUACGUGUGCUUAAUGUGUCCCAAAACCUGCUAGAAACCCUAGAAGAGAAUGUAUUUCAUUCCCCCAAAGCCCUUGAGAUCCUCUGCAUUAACAACAAUCCUCUGGCUUGUGACUGUCGCCUCCUUUGGAUUUUACAGAGGCAGCCCACUUUGCAGUUUGGAGGCCAGCCCCCAAUGUGUGCUGGCCCAGACAGUGUCAAGGAGAGGUCAUUCAAAGAUUUUCACAGCACAGCCCUCUCCUUUUACUUCACUUGCAAGAAGCCCAGGAUACAAGACAAGAAGCUGCAAUACCUGGUCGUGGAGGAAGGGCAGACAGUGCAGCUGAUGUGCAAUGCUGACGGGGAUCCACAGCCCACCAUAUCCUGGGUUACCCCACGUCGGAGGCUGAUCACAACUAAGUCAAAUGGAAGAGCCACUGUGCUGGGAGAUGGCACGCUGGAGAUCCGAUUUGCUCAAGACCAGGACACUGGGAUCUAUGUUUGUAUUGCAAGUAAUGCAGCUGGGAAUGACACCUAUUCGGCCUCCCUUACAGUAAAGGGGUUUACUUCAGACCGCUUCCUUUAUGCCAACAGGACCCCUAUGUAUAUGACAGACUCCAACGACACCAGUUCCAAUGGAACUAACGCAAACACUUUCUCUCUGGACCUUAAGACAAUAUUGGUGUCCACAGCUAUGGGCUGCUUCACAUUCCUUGGAGUGGUUUUAUUUUGUUUCUUACUUCUUUUUGUGUGGAGCCGGGGGAAAGGCAAACACAAAACCAGCAUUGACCUUGAAUAUGUCCCUCGCAAAAACAAUGGUGCUGUAGUUGAAGGGGAGGUUGCUGGACCGCGAAGGUUCAAUAUGAAAAUGAUUUGAUGGUGUUCUGCUAGCAGUACUUUUUCUGUGGCAUUAUAACCAAUUAAACCAGCCUGGCAUGUGGAAUUGCUGGGUAAACGCAGCUUAAUGCAGCUGUCACUGUAUCAAAAGGUUACGUGGAAAUCAAAAGACUAUUUGUGGUUGUACAGCAGAGCCUCCAGACCUUGAGGCAGAUAUGUCAGGGCCUUUCAUAGAACUGGUAAAUUGUACUAACUGUUUGCAUUGCAAAUAUUGGCAUUCUGGGGAUAUCAGCAAUGAACCGUUGGCUCAUGCUCAUGGACAAUUGUUCAACAUUUUCUACCACUACAAAAAGAAAAAGAAAAAGGAAAAAAAAAAAAAAAAAAAAAGCCUACAGUGUAGGAUUUACAUACUUAAAGAAAAAGACACAUUUGUCUAAAGCAUACUCUACAGUGAAAUUUGUAUCUAUAGAUCUCAUUUGGUAAAGAGCCUUGCAUCAUACCUUCUAGUUGGUUCAACACCACAAAAAUCAGUAGUCUUUUUUCUUUUCUUUUCUUUUUUUUUUAAAUAUACAUCUAUACUGUGUACAUUUUAAAGCAAUACAAAUGAGAGGUUGUGCUUUUAGAUAUCCACCAAUACUGACCCAAGUGUGAUGUCACCUCCCUUUUAACUACCGUCCAACCCAAAUUAGAUUCCUGUAGUUACUGAUUAGAAACAACAUGAAAUACUUUUUUCCUCAUGUAGAAGGCCAGAGAUGAAUAGUUGAGAGCAAAAAUGCUCAACUCUAUUGAUCUUCUCUUCAUAUAAAUAUAAGGCAUGUGCCUAGUUUUGAUACAAAAUGGAAUAUUUUUUAUAUCUGUGAUAUCACACUGGACCAGUUUACUGUAACAUAGCCCUGGACUGCAUCCAGGGAAGGCAACCCACCAGAUACUGCUGGCGUAGAGGAGCUGAGUUCUUGAUGAGUGAGACUUGUUUUUUGUUAGCCCUGACUUAAUUUCUAAGCUACUGUUUAACUGUUAAAAUGUUGAUGUGUGUGGGAAAAACUGCAAACUCCUGGGGAAAUAUGGUCAUCUUGCUAUUUGGAGGACUGCAUUAAAAUAUACAAAAACGUUUCCACUAAGAAUGAACUCUUCUCCAAUGCCAGUGAACUAGGGUUGUCCAUGCAUAAUACGGGGAUUAUACUACGAAAAUGAUGUUUUGAACAUGAUAGCCUCAAAAAGGCUAACAUACUGCCAGAUAUUACGAACCUCUAGCCACUGUCAUCUUCAUCUUGUAUAUUUGUAGAUAACACAUAAACACAAACCUGAUUUCCAAGAACAGAUUACUUAGCUAUUCUUGAUGCCAUUUUAAUAACUAUGUGGUUAUGUUUCUUUCAGGGGCAGUAUCUUAGAGCAAGAGAGGCAAGUUUCUCCAGGUUCUAGAAAGUAUUUUUAGUGGAGAGAAGACAGAAGUGGAACGUUAGUUCAGUACAGUUAAAUGCUUUUUGUUUUAUUCCUCUAAACAAAUCCUCAAAAGGCUCAGAACUAAAAUUUUAUUCUUUGUUGUUGGUUGAUGCCACUGUUCUUGUUUUGAAACUCUCAGAAAUGAGAAGUAAUGGAAUUGUUCAGUGACCUCACAGUUUUCUAGCAGUUACAAGCCAUGGGUUUGCUGCUAAGUGACUGAUAACAAAUACAAUUUAUAAGUGAUCAGAAUAAACUGGAAUAAAGGUAAUAUUGACUGUAUAUGUGUUUAGCCAAAAAGAAUAUGAAAAUGAUGUAAAGCAAACUUUCAGAUUAACAUGAUUUAAGAGCCUAUGACUAAUCUUAGAAUUAGAUUUCAGUGCUCUGAAACUGAAGUCAGGCUGACCUGCAAUGGGAUGCUUGUUUUUCUAAAGUACUAUCCACAUUCUUGGCAGAGAUUUUCUAAGCAGGACAAAAAUCUUCCACUGCUAUCAAAGGAAAUGUGCCAAAAGUUGUACAUCCAGCUCUGCUCCCCAGGUAUAUCCUUAAUAUAGCUGUAGGACCCAAGACCAAGGCAGUUUUGAGAAUCUCUAUUUGUAGCAGCUGAUAUUUGGUUGCCUUGUUGAUCCAUUUUAGGUCACCCAGCUGAGGAAGAUGCAAGGGUUGUUAGAAUUUUUUUCACCUUAGUUGCUUUGAGUUGGAUUUUGUAGCUUUCUUUUGUGUGUGUGUGUGUGCAUUCUGAACUAGACAGCUGGAGAUUUAUGGAGAUGCUUGGGAGUAAUCCUCUUUGUUCUAUGAAAGUUUGUAAAACAUUAUUAUUAGACAGAAUAACCCCUGACUAAACGUUAGCACAGGGAAAUUGUUUUUACUGAUACAAUAACCACUGCACUGAAGCCCAAAACUCUACUGUACCUUAAUGUGGGCAGUUAUAGAAACAAAUGGGGAUAAAACAAAGCGUUUCUGAACUGCCCAUUAAAAACAUUUGCAUGUGCCUUUCCCUUGUAAUUGUUAUUUUUCAAUUAGCAACCUAUUACCCCUGCAGUCAGUUCAUGUUAAAUGUUAAAAUCAAUGUUAGAAGCAAAAAUUCUCAUCGAUUCUAGGCAGUUGCAGCAGAUUAUUUCAUAUUAUAUGUCACAAUAAAACAAACAAACAAACAGAAAAACCCAAAAAAAACCCCACAUCUAGCAAAAAUGUGCUUUUAGGAUUAAAUAUGAAUGGCUGAUUUCCCCUCUACCCUCUAGAAUGAUUCUAAAAAGUGAAUGCAUUAUUAGUGUACCACGAGGAUUUCUGAGCAUUAACAUGCUUAGUUACCUAAGUGAAAUAUGUCUUGGCGAUGGAAAUUACUGCUUGCUCUUGCAGAGCACCACCUUGCAGAGCUGUCAGCAUUGUGUGUAUUGCCCCAAGUUCAGUCGGUAUACAGUUUUAACAACCAUUGUUUGCUCCCUGCUUUUAGCAUUGUUCUACUUUUUGCAGCCUACUGAUCUCACCGUGGACUUGGCAUAGCGUAUGGCCCCUCCCAAGGAAAAUGAGAAGAGCAGGAUUGUAAGACAGGCUUGUAUCUUGCUCCGUGUAGUUGUGCAUAUAUUUCUGGGACACAGACUCACUGUGCGGGAAUGCAGUGCCAGGGUCAGACCUAGACAAUCACCCUUUUGACAAUUUCAUUAUUAUUAUUAUUAUUAUUUAAAUACAGAAUAAAAGGACAGUAGCUGACUGCACACCUAUUCUGCCUCUUACUUGCUCCCAGUCACUUCUCUGUCUGCUUGAGACAUAAAGGAAAACUGCAUUUUACCUUACUGUAAGGGAGUAUCAUAUUGGAGGAAAAGAAUCAGGCUGUGAAGAGACAGCUAUCACACAUGGCUCCCCUGUCAUUUAUUUGGAGGCAGGCAGACAGUGCUUACCUGUCACUACAACAGGGAACAAAGGUGUCUUCCCUCCUUCUGUUUUGUGUGGUAGCUUUUUAGGGCCAUACCUGGUCUUCCCUGGCAGUCAGCGCAACAAGACUGAGCAGCAGUAGUUCUGUAGAGAGACAACAGAAAUACUGAAACCAGCAGAGCCGCUUGAAGAAGCAGGUACACCAUUAUCUUUGUCAACACACUUUGUAAGAUCUGGGCUGAAGUGGGCUCAAUUGUCUACUAAUAUGUUGGGAAUUCCACUUCCACAGACCAAUGCUUCAUUCUUCUCUUUCAUAAUGGAUGGGUAUUUCUCCUUUCCAAGAAUAAGUUAAAGAGGACAUUACAGGCAGUGUCUUAGGAAAGGAGUUUACAGUGAUAAAGGGGGAAUGAGGAAUAACCAGUGCCCUAGCUUAGCCAUAUAGAGAUUUGGGGCUGGUUCUCAGUUUUGUUUUUUUCCUUCCUACUUUCACAUUAACUUACAAACAUUUUUCUUAGAAAGGAUUAGCUUGAGACACCACCUCAGUUAGAUACAGACAGGGGAGACUGCUUUUACUGUCUGGUCCACCCUCCCUCACUAUUCACACAUACUCUCAGGGUCAACACAGUCAGCAGCUACGGACACAACUGGAAUAAGCCAGAAGAUUCUUAGACCACACAGAACUGUUUUCCUUUAUUUUUUCUUUCCCUUAUUUCUUGCAGCAUGGUUUUGCAUCACCCAUUGUGGUAGCAAUGAUAUUGUCAUUAAGGAAAGUACAAAAGCCAAGCUGCACACCCAGUUCACCAAAUUUAGUCAAGGUAUACAAGACACAAUAGGAAGUCAGCAUUAAUACAGAAUUUCACUUUCUUCCAGAGCAGUAGUACACAGCAAGAAAUGAGGAAGGGGAAGCCUGUUUUGUCUGCAUUACUUAAUCUUUUUCCUUUGAGUGAUCCCAAUUUGCACUGGGCUAGCAUGAUGACUGCUCUGCCUAUUCCCAUCCUCUUGGUUCAAUACUUGUCUUGACAUGGAGUUACAAGAAAAGGAAUACCGUCAAGCUGUCCCUCCUCUGCCAGCUGUAUCUCUGGUCCUCUAAAGCACAUGAACCUGCACAGAAGUAUUACUUUAAGAUAAUCUCUAGACUUACCCUAUGAACGACGAAGUAUGGGCUAGCACUGGAUACACACAAUCUGAUUUGGUUUCAGUGGCCCAAAUGGUUGCCCUUCAUGCUGAAAAGAUGUAGAAGAGAGCUAAAGAAGGAAGAAGUAAAAAAAAAAAAAAAAAAAAGGAAAAAAAAUCAUACAAUAAUUUAAAUUUUAAUUAUAGAGGAAUUAAAGAGGCAUCUUCGGAAGAAUGAAAGGUCCUGAAUACUGCAGAUUCACUGAAACAAUGAAUGAGAUUUUUCAAGUUAGCCAAGCAGUUUGGAUACCCUGCUCCUAUCACCUGUAAUGAGAAUUACAAACUCAGUUUCCCUUGGCAGCUUAGAAAAAUCCCAGCUAGUUGGUUUGAUGAUACAUGCUUCUUUUGUUUUCUAGCUCUGCCCUCUCCUCGGUUGCAAAUGACAACAAUCCCAAAUGAAGAUCUUUGGAUUCAGUUAAGUUUCACUGUAUGCUCACGUGCUUUUUGGAAUCUAGAUCUCAAAGCACAAUCUUAAAUGCUCUUCAAACCAAAAACAAUUCUAAAAAAGGAUGAAGCUUGGAUAAGCCUCCUCCUGCAAAUGAAAUAAACAAGUGUCUGUGAGGUUCUUGCUACUGCUACUGAGAUAGCUACAUGCCAAAAGCAAUCUGCAGGUUGAAUGACUCUGAGUCUUUUUUUUCUCUUUCUUUUUCUUUCUUUUUUUUCUCUCUCUCUCUUUUCCUUUUUUUUUAACUGGAAGCAGGUGGUUGAAGAUAAGGCCAGCUGGAAAUAGAAAUCUUUAUUUAUAGCCUCAGCAGAAUAAGGAAAGAGCUGGCAUAAGCAAGAAAAAUCUGGUUUCAACUUAAGGACACUUUAUCCUUCAUAUUCAAACAGCUUGUAGAAGAGUACAAAAGAGCAGACUUUUACCUCGUAACUUCAUUAUUUGUAUUUGUUUGGACUGGCACCAAGAUUGUAAUGAAACAGAAGUGCUGGAGCAAGAGAUUAAAACUAGUUUCUCUACUCUAGUGAGGCAGUGUGUAUCAGGAGAAAUCCCCUCAAUAUCCAUUAUGUUACUCUGUGGUUACACUGGAAAUUUGAUAAAGUAAUAUAGAUUUCUUGCCAUUAUGAAGAGGUACAGUGGGAAAUAAGCAGAAUUUAUGUUUUAAUUAAUUCUCACCUUGUGGCAUAGCUUUUGUUCUGGAUUGCUUUAAUAUUUGUCACUGUUAAUUGAGCUGGAGAAUUAGAAAAUAUGGAUUCUGGGAAGAAAAAAAAGUAAAAAAAAAAUAAAUGUCUGCCUACUUCUAUGUGUGGUAUCUGCAAGUCAGCAACACUACCUGCUUUCAUAUAGGCCAAGAGCAAUGAGUUGAGAUUUCAAGGCAGUUGUGUGGUUGUCAACUUGUACACGUUAAUAAUUUUCACUUUCCAGAAAGCAAAAUGUUAUGGCUUCUUAAGUCAUUCAUUUAUGUCAUUUUGAAUCUUAAGAACAACACUUGGUCCUCAUGACACUGGGCACUGUAUAAAUAGGUAGUAAAUGACAAUAGUGAUCUGGUGAGCUUACAGCCUUAUAUGGUAGGAAGAUGGCUUACAGGCAAGUACAUACGAUAGCAAGUCAAGUCUCUCAUUCGUUGGGGAGGGAAUGCCAUAGUGCAUAAAUAUUAGAAUAUCAUCACAGUUACUGAAAUCUAUUUGCAAGCACAUGUAGUUCAUAUGUAUAUGUUUGUGUGUGAAAAAAAAAAAAAGAAAAAAAAGAAAAAAAAAUUAUAUUUGUUUUGUUCUUUUUCUUACUUCAAGUAUUAAAUGUAAUAUUGUUUUUAAAAGGUGAAAAGAAUAACCAGGAAAAAAAAAUGUGUUGUAAUUUAUUUUAAUAUAUAUGAUCAUGAUUAUGGAUGGGAAAUGAACUAGCGCUGCUGUUAUGAUUCAUGAAGCACAUGACAAGUCAGGUUUGUCUGUAAGUUUGCUUCAUGUUUCAGCAAAAUAUGGUAAUGAAAAAAAAAAGAAAAAAAAUGGAAAAAAAAUGGAAAAAAAGAAAAAAAAAGCUUUGUUUGUCAAGACAGUUGUUCUGAAUGUCAUUUUAAAAUUUACUUUAGGGCUUAUGUCAUGAUGUGUAUCAUACUGAUCCAAAAUGAAACCCAAAUAAAUACUUCCGUGGAGUGGCAAAAUUUACUGGGGAAAGUGGAGAAAAUUUGCACUGCUUCCCUUAUUGUAGCUGGUCACCUUUUUUCAAAGGGCUGUGAAGGAAACUAAGCUGAGGGGGAAAAAAGGAAACAACAGUAUUCUCAGCACCAAUCCCAACACCCUCAUUGCCAAGUCUUCACAACAGGUUAUCCACUCAGACCAACCCACUCCUGAACUGAAAAUAUAAGCCAUUACAGCCAGGAAGAGAAGAUUCCAGCAGGCAUUUUGCAUCUACUUACUCUCACUCCUCCCUUGUGGCAUGGAGCCCACAGACACACAGAAAAAUCUGGGUCAUAUUCUGAUGUGGCAUUUACUCUCCAUGCAAAGUGUCAGACAGCCUUUUCCUUCACUAUCAUUUGCACAGUAUGUGCAGAUAAUUGGUGGGGAUACUGGUCAGCCUAAUCUCGCCAAAUUCCAGUAUAAUGGAAAUAGAUUUCACCAGGUGCACAUCACUGUUAUUACAAAGGCAUCUGAUACCGAAUAUCUGCUUCUGAAACAUGUUUUCUAAGGAAAACACUAGUAUUCAAACUCCUCUGUAACUGCACCACAGCAAUUAAGUGGAGAAAGGCAAACUGCUGAGUUUGAAAGCUACUCUCAGCUCCCGAGGCUUGCGUGAACUCACCAAAUCUGUGUCAGAGAUCAACUUUCUAGGACACAGGCCAUAACCUAAUAUUGCUACUCUCAUUCUCCCACAGCCAAGUGCUUUCACAAGUGCUUAUGCAUCCUGGGAUGACCUGAAAUAAGAUUCAUAAGUCAUGAACUCAUUAUCCUAUAAACCAGGAUCUUGUUCACUAGGAAGGGAAAAUAAUGUUGGUUUUGCUACCUCAAAAAAAGGAAGAAACAGGAUGAAAUCCUGCUGGAUUGCUGGGAGCAGAAAUGGAUGGGCUGAAUGUCAGUUCUCCCAAGCUUCUUGAAAUCUGUUGUGUCUUCUGCACUUGCAUUUGAUAUCCUCAGAAGGUUUUGACCGACUUGCACCACUGUACCUUCCUCUGCAGUAGACUAUCAAAUGCAGUAAAUCUGUGGGAGAAGCUUAAUGGUAGAUUGUGUUAAAAAUCCACUUAAUUUUCUUUCAAUCUGAUCAUCUGAUUUAUGAACUGCAGCAUGCUGCAGUACUGACUUCAGCAUGACAUGAAAACGCAAGCAUCACAUCUACCACUGCACUGAGAAUACUGCAUUUGCCAGGGACAGAAAUGUUCCCUGGAAAGGCUCUUCUCCGCUAAGCUUCAGACUUCUUUUAUGCAAUGCAUGGUACUUCACUGGACUACUUGACAUUGUCUCAGUGGGUGGGAACACAGGGUGCAAUACACAGUUUGCAGUUAUACUGAAGGAAACCACUAGUCUGCGCCAUGAUUAACAGGUAAAGAAAAACACUGUCACAUUGGCCAGUCACUGACAAAUUCAUUAAAAUCAGGCCCCAUUAGGUCACAGUCUCAACAGAAAGAUUUGUGCUCUCCAGAACUACACUUCUCUGGACCAAUAAUACUACUAAUUAUAAUUUUUUUUAGAAGUAAUACCUAUAGUUUAUUCUUAACAGAAUAAUAGCUUAUUCUUUAGCUAUUCAGAAGCACCCAAAAUUCUCUGGAGUAUGGUUGUUUUCAUAAAUUUCUGGGAAUGUUAUACUUUUAUAAACUCACUAUAGAAGACCCAUAUUGUAACUAGUAUAGCACCCACCAAUAUUGGAUGGCAAAGUAAAUUAAUGAGUAGUAAUCCAAAAUAUAUACUUUUAAUAAUGCUUACCUCUAGAAUUUAUGUACUCUAAAAGGGCAUCACACUAUCUUCAAUUAUAAACUCAAUACACAAAGAUUACAUUGUUGUCACACUGGGGAAGGUGUACAGUGCAUUAUCUGCAUCACAAAACCUUCUCACAUGCAGACAUAGAUGGCUGGCUACAAAAAAAGAAAGGGCUUUAUUUAUCUCCUGUACUAUCUGGACUGGGUGAGGGGAGGCUGGUAACUCAUGGUGGGAAAGCACAGGUUGGUCUGGUAAAUACUGAGAAAUACUGAGUCACUGCAAAGGACUUGGCCUUACUGCUCAACAGAUCUGGCAGUAAGGGAGAUUUGGUCUAAGCUCCUUUUCCCCUAGAUAUAAGAAAUUCCUGAGGUAAAGCCUUAUUCUGCCUCUGUUCUUAGAAGGGUACAUUUUCAACUUUAGAAAUCAAGGGGAAAAGUAAUAGAGUAAUAAGGUGACAAAAUACUGGAACGGGUUGUAAAAAGAAAAAGAAAUUAAAACUAGUGUAAAAAAAAUUAGAUGACUUAGCACCUACUAUAAGUACCUGUGGAAUUACAUGAGUCUGCAGGAGCUGGUUUGUUAAUUAAUCCCUAGGGGAUAAAUUCAGCUAGUUAAAGCUAUAAUCACCAGCUAGAAGAUCUUACUUACCUCAUCAGUCCCUAAAGUGGAAGUUAUAUUUUUCUGAGCUAUUUUCCAAUUACUUUGCUAUUUAUAUAACUCAAGAAGCACAAGUAAUGGAGAGCACACCUUCUUAUUUUAUUAGAGGAAGACUAUUAUCAUACAUGUAGUCUGUUACUUCUGAUAUGAGAGCUAUUCACUGUAUGUACAAAAACUAAUAGAUUACCUCCAUUAUGUAAAGUAUUGCUACCACUAAAACCAAAUGACAUUUCCUCUUUAAAAGAUACCAACCUGUGGUGCAUCUAUGCAGUGCAUCAGUUCUUAUGCACUGCAGAUAAUGCUUUUGAUUAUUAUAUUUUUCCACAGAUAUACCAUGCAAUUGGGUUGGUGACACAAUACAGACCCCUACAAAAGAGCCUGCACUCUAAUGGACCUUCUAGAGUCUCACUGUCUUGGCUUUAGUGAGUUUGGCAGGCCAUCACAUUUUGCUAAAGAAUAUCAGAUCAGUGUUGCCUAAUGUGGAGAAGUCACAGCUGCGAGCUAGUAACACAAGCAUAAGGCUGGAACUCAACAUUUCUAAAAUGUAAGCAAAACCUCUGGGCCUCUAACUCCCUGGGAAAUAUGAUAACAAUAUUCACCUUUUGAAAGGAAUGUUCUACCAUUUCUCUUCAGGAUCAUAAAGCCAAGGAGCUGUGGCUCUGUCACCCCUACAUGACAAAUGAUAGUUUUGUAUACAGAUUGGUAUGUAGUAAUAGGCAUUGUUAUUACAAGAAACAACAUUUUUAUUUUAUUUUAAAGAAAGGCAACCUUUGCUGCCCAAAAUGUUCCAGAAGAUGACAGCAAUGUGGUGACAGAAACAGUCUGCCCUGAGGUCAACAUAUCCAACAACGGUAGAAUAGAUGCUCUUGCAGAAGAGUGAAGUUAUAUGAAAGAAAACUGUCAUGAAAGGUGCACAGCAACCAGACUCCUGUCUUUUUUGCAAUUCAAUAGUGUUUUGCAUAAAAGGACCUCUUAAUGUUUCAUUUAAUUAGCGUUUUUGCAAUGCCUGAUAAACGAUUCAUCUCCUAAUGAAUCUAUGAAGAUUUUUCUCUUUGCCUUUGAUUAUAAAUGAGAGAUGCUGAAAUGAAUGCAAACUACACAUCGUCAGGCUGUCAAGUGUGUCAACUCAAGUGCUGAGCACUCAGACUACUAGUACAAAAACAUUUCCCUUUGGUCCUUAUACAAGACUGCCAAAGUAGGUUCCAUAGUUUCUCUAAUCCCUAAUCAAACUUUACUGAAAGAAACUUAGAAUUCCCAUAGAGUCUCCAGAUCUUUAACAGAUAAAGUAACGAGUAUCUACUUUUAAAAUUUCCAAUGCUAUCAAAGGAAAUUUGAUCUGACAUUGUUUGCUUUAUUUGCCACAGUGCUGAAUUGUGUCAGCUUCACGUUUUAAUCAAAAUUUGUUUGCUCAUACAUGAUCCAAAUGCUUGGGAGUGCCAUAUUCCCAGCUUCAGCUUUGGGACAGAAGCCAGAAGGAUUUGCUAUGAAUGUCACUGAAGCAAAUGUGAUAGUUAUUGGCCAGAUAGUGUUUCAUAUUCAGCAGUCACUGGGAACUAUUUCUGAAGUAUGGGCUUAUCUGGGAAAAUUUAAAACACCAAACUUGCCCUAGGGAAUGUGAUUAACCAGCAUACAUCCAUUUUGUCAUUCAAUACUACCAUCAACUUAAGACACCAGAAGGUGCAUGUUCAAGACAAUGUCUUGAAAAAAAGGAGUGCUUACUGAAAGAGCAUGGCAUCUUGAGAACCACACACAAAAAGGUAUAUAUGAGAGAUUAUUUUGUCCUUCAAGUCUUAAUAUACUGAAGCAGGAACUCAAACCAGUGCAAACAGAAAGAGAGCAUGACAAAAAAGCAUUUUGUUCUGAUGGGCAUAACAGAAUAAUGAAAAGUGUGAAAAGUGGAUGACAUGUGCUUGUUGAUGGGUAAAUUAUUUUCUCUGUGGGAGUGUUCCCUCCAGAUCCUGUCUUAUCAUAAGGAUUUUCCUCUCUCCUUGUUCAAAAAUGAAAACUACAAACCACAUAAUUUCAUUGCAACUACUUUCUUAAAAUGCAGCCUGUUCUGAACAAAAGGUUGACCCUUCCUAGAUUUUCAACAACGAUUAUAAUUGCUUUUCAUAGGAAUUUGUUUUAAUUGUAAUGCUGUUCUGCUACAGCUCUAUUGUCUGUGUCCUUCUGAAUUGUCAGUUAAUUAAAUGAAGUAAUAAAAGCUGGAAAGCA